UUUGUCCGGCCAGCUUCAGCUAAUAUUCUACUACCUCUCUCAUACCAGCUACUUGGGUAUGGAUCUUUUAAAUGUGAAAUGGAUAUUAUUGUUAUUGUUUCUGAUAUAUCCAGUUUACACUGAAAUCUCAUCCUCUUCUGACUUGAAUUGUGACUUUACGACAACUUGUCGUUGGAGAAACUCAUCCGAUGUUGGUGGACAUUUUGAAACGACUUCGCUUCUUGAAGCCGAUGCUCAAAACCGAAUAAUGCCCAUUGAUGAAAAUAAUCCGAAACCAUUUGCAUUUACUGCGGGAUUGAUGGGACGAAUGAUGGCUCUUCUCGUUUCCGAGGUAAUAACCUGUCAACUUGGAGGUGCAAGUUUAAAAUACUGGUAUUACAAAACUGGUUUGGAUUCACAACUAGAAGUUUGUAUCCGUCAGCCUCCAGGAAAUAAAGACUUGAGCCAGAUGAGAUGCUACGAUGGAGUUUCCACCUUUGGGAAACAAUGGAUAUUCCGUGCCGUUGAACUUCCCCCAAUUGCUCAACCCUUCGAAAUUGUUUUCAAAACUAUAUAUUCUCCACCAAGCUCGGUCAUUGCUCUGGAUAAUAUUGUAUUCGAGGCAACACUUUGCGGGUACGGUCGUAAUCGACGUGAAAUUCGACGAAUUGGUUACCACGAUUGGCAAUCUUACCGAUCUUCUAAUUUAUACAACGGAGAGUUGAUGCUAAUUGUCGCUCAGGAUGGUGCAGAUAAAUUGAAUACUUCAAUUGCUAGUAGUACUUCAACAACUACAACUACAACUGAUAUUCCCUUAGAACUUGAAGCUAAGAUAUCAAUUUUGAGUAGUACAACUGCCCCAACUACUACAGCACAAGUUUUAACUACUACAACAAGUAGCGAACCAAGUACAACAACGACUCCGCCGACAACUACACAAACUUCAUCUUCUAAUCAAACUUCGACAAUAUCAAAUGAGCAGCAAUUUGCUAAUUUUGUCAAUUUCUUGAAGCAAACAGCUCCAGUUAUUCCGUAUAUCCCAACUCUAGUUAGAUCUUUAACUGCAUUGGAUCCGAGAUCUUCUCCAUCUGAGAAUAUUUUACCGCCUGGGACACUACCAUCAAAUCCAGCUCCAAUUGAUGUGAGAAGAAGUCCAGUGGCUUCUUCUCAUUUCUACAACACCAAUCAACCAACAUUAGUCACUGAUAAUGAUCAAGAAAACCAGAAAACGUUAGUAGAUCUUGCCAAAAAGUUCGGAUUAUGGGAAGAAAGCUCGCCAUAUUUGACUACAACUCACCCUCCUAUUGCUCGAAAUACAGACAACACAAAUAGUUUUGGGCUACCAAACAAGUUCCCAGAAGGAUCAAUAUAUCCCCCCAACUUGAUGAAUAAGAAGAAAAUAAAUAUUAAUCCGAUUAAAAAGAUUCCGUCAUCAACACCAUCUACACCUGUUGAAAAUAUCGAAGAAUAUCACAAGAAUCUUUUCAAAGUAAGCACAACAACUCCAUCCACCCUACCUCCAUCAUCCACCGAACUGAUAAUUUUCAAACAACCAUCUUCUGGUGAAGCAGAGGUAGCAGGAAAGUUAGCUGAUAUAGCUAAACUCUUACCAUCUGGAGCUGUACAAGAUCUGACAUCAUUGAGAAAUAUUCCAGAUUUAGAUGGAUUGACUAAAGGAAUGGAUUUGUCAGAUAUUCGAAAACCUGGUGGAUUUGGUCGAUUGAAAACGCAAUUUAUGGAGAGAUUGAUGAGAAGAACAUUGGGAUUGCCAAUGGAAAAUAAUGAUGUGAGGCUUCUGCCACCACCAAUAGUUCCAAUGAAAGUGACAAGAAAAAUGAUGGCUGAGAUGAUGAAAAGAAAAGCUGCAAGAAAGAGAAUGAAUUGAUAUUUACGAAACAUUCCGUUUUUGAUUUUUGAUUUUUAUCAAUUAUAUUCAUGACUUUUUGUUACGGGUAUGAAGAUUC